UUAAACAUCCACCUGUCAAAGUCACAAAAAUAAAAAUAUUCGUUCCGGAAUCGAAAAAGAGAUCGGAAUUUGAAACGCAAUUCGGAAAUAAGUAGAAAAACAUGAGUUUACGCGAAGAGGACCGACAGAAGAAUGGAUGCCCAAGUCGCGGCCUCGGUUUGGCGGCCGCGGCGAUAGGUGUUGGCGUAGGGGCUGCCUUGUACUACUUCUUUAGCAAGCGGCCCGAAAACCCUGCGAACGAAGGUGCCACUUCGCAGGAAUGGAGCUGCGAGUCUCCUCAGACCUUAGACGGAGGCUCCACCGACUCAUACUCCACAUUAUCAGCACACACAACCAGUGACACGAGUAUUAACGAAGACAGCAUACGUGACAGCACUAACGAUAACGAUAGCUCUCAUGAAAACUCGAGAUGGAACUGGAUCAGCGACGAAGACGUUGACAUAAGCUGUGAUUCCGAAUAUUCUAGUAAUUUUAACGAUUCAUCAGACCAGUCUGAUAGUACGAGUAAUAAUUCCACUAGCACGUCCAGUAUUAGUUCCAGUAGUACGUCUGAUUACGAUAUGGAUUCAGUGACUCGAGAUGAUGACUCUGAAUUUAACGAAUGGGAGGUGGAUAUCUCGUUGGACGUGCCACUCUUUGAACCCCCCACGUCCAGUCCUUUAAGCAAUUUUAUAGAUAGACUAUUAUCACCUAGACUAGAUAAAAGGACACUGGAAAGGAAUGCUCGAAGAUCACUAGCUUUCCGCGAACGGUCGUGGUCCCUCGAAGAAUGCUCGAUCUGCUUCGAAGUGAUCCUUCGCAAUCAGGAGGUGAUGUCUCUACCCUGCACGCACCACUUCCACCAGGCGUGCAUUAUGCCCUGGCUCCAGGAGCAGCAGACAUGUCCCAACUGCCGUAAAUCUGUCGAUUGACUCAACAAUUAGAAAUCUCUUCGCGUUGACUCUUCAGAGGUUACACCUAGACUCGGCAGGAUCUGAGUCGGAGAAGUCAAAGUUUGGCUGAACUCUGAAGAUGUACACGGAUCAUAUCUGAAAAAAAAACUCUAGUCUUCAUAUCUUUAGGUUUUAGCCAAACUACACAAAGAACCACAGGUUAAAGAAAAAAUAUAGACGGAAAAUAUAUCGUGACAUAGCAAAUUUACCCUACGACAUAAAGUCUAGAAUGUGAGGCCCGAAUUAUACUUUUGACACGCGUGGUAUUUAACAAUUUUUCGAAAAUAAAGUGACAUUAAUGUUGACGUCUAUAUUUUCACUUGAAUCUGUGGACCGAACUGAAAACCUCUGGUCACCGCACUGUUUAUUUACGAUUUAAAAAAAAAAAAAUCUUCGAUAGCAAUAAUAGUGUACAAUGGUUUGCGUAGGUUUAAAUUAAUCGCAAAUAAAAUGUUGCAGCGAUUACGUCAUCUGCAUAUUUCUAAUGUGUCCGACGCUUUUGAAACGUACUUAAUGAAAUAACGAAUUCGAUUUUUAAGACCAUUGGAAUUGACACCGUAAUAUGAAAUCAGCGUAUAUUAUUGUUAAUUAUCUUAAAAAUAUUUUAGAUCGCUUAUUUUCGUAAUAAAAUAAACCAGAUUAGAUACAAAGGAUAAAGACCUUCGUAUCUAAACUGAACAAAAAAAUGUUAUGUCUAUGAUAGCUAAAAGGUUUUUUAAUUAUACAAAACUUUCGGCUCUGGGUUCUAGCCCUAUAUCGUGGCCGUAGAUCAAAAUAUAACUAGCAUUAGGGAAAAAAAUAACAUAGCGCUUAUUCUCUGCCUGCUUUUAAUGUCUGUAAAAGGAAAUAAUAUGAUAUUUAUGUAAACACUUCCAAAUUAAAUUAUUUAAAGAUGUAAAUAUUUAUAGAUAUUUUUAAUAAUAAAAUUAAUAUCGAGAGAUUAUAGUAUGAAUAAAAUUGGCAAUAAUAUCGCUCCACGUUGAGCGAUUUUGUAAGCGAGAUAGCAUGCAUCUCUUGUUGUUCUAUUUUAAAUCUAAAUGCAAUGCAACAAGGUCUAUAUAUUUCAUUGCUAAGUGUUUGAUUACUCUUUUCAGCGCUAAAGUAUCUUGGUCGGGUAAAAUAUGAUAGAAGUGGUAGUAUUCGCACAUAAUAUGUAGAGAUUAUACUUUAUUCUUAAUCAAUAUACAAAAAAAACGUUGACUACAUAAAAUUAGUUCGAUUAUAAUUAGUGAGAUGUGGCAACCACAGAGUGACAGUAUCGAUGGAACGUAGACCUUUAUUCUGAGGGCUGGAGAGUUAUAUGCCACUAAUAACUGAUAAUUAAUUAUCUUACAUCCUCGCAGUAAACAUUAAUUCUUUUGUCAAAAAAAAUCUGAACUUAAUUGACAGCUAUGUAACUUUUAUCUUUUUCACAAUAUUGCAUGUUGCCUAACACUAUUUUUGGACCUGUCAAUUUAGUUAUGGAGGGUAGAGGUAAGGAGAGUCAUCUUAUAUGGGAGAAAAGUUGAAAAAGUGUCCAGUUGUUGCGCUAAAUAACAGUUCAAAA